AUGGCACUCAAGGAGAAUACCAAAAUCUAUCCUACUAAACGAGUAAGGAAGCAUUCAUCGUUGAAGACCCUAACACAUAAGCAGAUACAUACAACAAUCUUCGUUAAGUCGACAACACCAUAUGUUAGUGCGCUGAAAAGAAUUAAUAAGUUUCUCGAAAGUGUCCGUAGGCACGGAUCAUCCUAUGUUACCGUUUUGGGUAUGGGCAAAGCUGUAGAAAAGACACUGGCAUUAGGUUGCCAUUUCCAAGAUCAAAAGAACAAGAAAAUAGAGGUUUUCACCAAAACUAUAGAAGUUAUUGAUGAAGUAAUAACUGAAGAACAAGCAGAUAUCGAGAUCAAAAGCGAUGUUGAAGAUGAUGAUAAAGAAACCCGACUUAAAAAAAGGACUCUAAGCGGUGUAGAGGUCCGUAUUUAUGUAUAG